AUGGUGAAACGGAACCUGGGUCCGUCCACUCGCUCCAUCUAUCUGGGUCUGGCAUGUCUGUCCCUCGCUCUCCAUCUCCUUCUGGCAAUUUUUUGCCUCUCAGUCCUCCAGACCACCUGUGUCCUUCCCACCUCCUCCUCUUCCUCCAUUCCAAGAACGGAUACUCAUCAUAAUGAGUCGGCCUCCCACUCCACCUCUUCAUCUACUGCCUCUUCUUCGAAUAAACUGCCAGCGAGAACCCACAGUGAAGAGCAGCACAGUCCGACUGCCAACACGUUACAUCACAAAGCCCAAGACUCGAUCGGUGAGGUCACCGAGAAGGCGAACAAACUGACUGGAGCUGGAAAAGCGAUUCAAAACGUCAAGGGUCAGUCUAAGCUGGAGGCGUUGUUCGAGCAUCCGCUGUACAACCUACCAGGCCCAGAGCUGCAAACGGAUGAUUGGCUGCUCAGGGUGAAGACAGAUGAAGACGCAAAGGAUGUAGGGAGCGAGGAAGGGGAGAGUGAAGAAAUCAUCACCAGUGACAGUGAGUGGCAGAGUGCCAGCGAGGAGGACGGCUACGACAAAGUCAGCUGGACGCGCGACGUGGAGACCCACCCUCCCUGGCUGCGCUUCCACCUGGGCAUCUCUCGCUGGGAACUGUACAACAGGAAAGACCCCAACCUGGCCCGGCUGACUCACUAUUUGGCAACGCAACGCAUCCUCGGGGCUGUGCAGAAGACGGGAGGAACCCAACUGAAGCUGCUCAUAUCGUUCCCAAAUCACGGACAAGCGCUGCUCAAACCCAUGAAGCAAUCCAGAGAUGCAGAGACAGAUGUGAACCUCUUCUACUUCUCAGACUUUGAAAGACACAAUGCGGAGAUCGCUGCCUUUCACCUGGACAGAUUGCUGGGGUUUAACAGGAUCCCUCCGGUAGUCGGUCGACUCAUCAACGUCACCGCGGACAUCAGAGAGAAAACCACCGACCACAAGGUGUCGCGGACCUUCUUCACUUCCCCUGCGGGGAACGUGUGCUUCUACGGCCAGUGCGAGUACUACUGUUCCACGGAGCACCCGGUGUGCGGUCGGCCUCACAUGUUGGAGGUUUCCUUGGCUGCUAUGCUGCCUGACCUCAGCUUGGCUCCCCGCAGGUCCUGGAGGUCACCGUGGAGGAGAUCCUACAGCCGCACCAAGCUGGCAGAGUGGGAAAAGAACCCCAACUACUGCGACACAGUGAAGCAGACGCCUCCUUACAGCCAAGGAACCCGCCUGGUGGAUCUCAUAGACAUGGUGAUACUGGACUUCCUCAUGAGCAACAUGGACAGACAUCACUAUGAGACAUUCGAGAAAUUUGGUAAUGAGACAUUUCUGCUGCACCUGGAUCACGGACGGGCGUUUGGGCGUCACUCCCAGGACGAGCCGUCUAUUCUUGCUCCUUUGCAACAGUGCUGCAGGAUCCGUCGCUCCACCCUCCUCCGGCUGCGUCUCCUGUUGCUCCCUGACUUCCGCCUGAGUGACGUCAUGCGGGAAUCGUUGGCUCAGGACCCUCUGGCGGCCGUGGCUCCCCUCCUCUCAGAACCACACCUGUCCGCCCUGGACCGACGCCUCGCCGCCGUCCUGCAGGUGGUGCAGAUUUGUCAGGAAAAGCACAAAGACGUCAUUUACGACGACGUGGAGAGAUAUGAUCAAGACAGUUCAGACACAGCGGUCUGA